UCCAGAGGUGGGUGUGUGUCUCUCAGCUGAUGCGCGUAUCAACCGAACCGACUCCAUCAUCAGCAUCCGACGCUGACAGCGGUCGAAGUCGCUGCAUCUCCCCAGCACCACCGACGCGCGGCGGCAUCGCAGAAUGCACCGGGCCCAUAAGAACCGGUACUGACACCAUAACAAACGACGCCGAUCCCGUCUUCCUUGCACGGUUUGCGGAUCUGCAAAACAAUAAUGUGUGUGCCCCCACUACCUGCAUUAGGUUGUGAUGACCCACACUGCAUCCAAAUGUAUCUGUGACCCUCCCCAAUCCUGACUCCUAACCUCUAACCCCUCACCUUUGACCCCCUCACUAUGGGCAGUGUUGGCAGUGGGGUGGCAGGCGAGCAGGAGUUUGCCAUGAAGUCCGUAGGCACGAGGACCACGCUGCCCCGCGCCCCUCCUCUUUCACGUCGUUGCCCUGGCGACCGCAGCUGCAGCGCAGAGCGUCUGCCCCGCCCCCCCGCCACUAUAUCCGACGGGACGGCCUCUAGCGACGAGCGAGGGAGCGUUAGUAUCGGGACCGGCACCUGUACCGACCGGCCCACUGAAACGGCAUCCACCACCAACACGGAAUGUACCAUGGCGGCUCCCAACAACAACAACCAGCUGGACUGUGGCAACGUGGCGCUCAGGAGGGAGUGGGAGAGACAACGUGAACGGGGAAGAGACAGGGACCGGGACCGAGACUGGGACCGGGAGAGGUUGGAAAGGGAGCGAGAGCGGGAAAGGAACAGGGAGAGAGAGCGGGAACGGGUGGAAAGGGAGAGGCUGGAGCGAGAGCGGGAGAGAGAACGGGAGAGAGCCCGGGAGAGGGAAAGGGAAAGAAUUGAGAGGGAGAAGAUCGAGAGAGAGCGGGAGAGGGAGCGGGAAAGAGAGAGGGAAAGGGAGCGGGAGAGGCUGGAGGGGGAACGACUGGAACGGGAGAGGGAGCGGGAAAUGCAGGCCGCGGGUCUGGAUGUUUGCGGGAACAUCGUGGGCCGAGGUGGAAACGAGAAGAACAGCGUUGGGAUCAAUCAGCACCAGCACAGAGAGAUGGUGGCAGCCAGGAACGACGGGGAGAACAAUCCAGCAGGUCACAACCCACCCAAAAUCAUGGCGGUCUCAGGAAAACUGGAGCAGGCAAUGCAGAGAGAUUCCGGCCUGGUUCGUCCCUCUGCCUUCAAACCGGUGGUUCCAAAGAGUUUCCACUCCAUGCAGAACCUGGUGGGCCAGGCAGGCGGGGCUGGCAGUGAAGGCAAAAGCGAGGGGAGGGGAGAGGGCUUCUGUGAGGGAAGAGGUGGUGGCAGGAGAGGAGGCAGGGACGGUGGAGGUGGGGGAGAGUCAGGAGAGGUCCCAGAGGCCUUGCUUCUGGACCAGGAAAGCCCGGUGAGAGUCAGCAGGGGUGAGGGAGCAGGAAACAGUAACGAGGUGGUUCAGGGAGGGAUGUCCGACUCAGGCAGGAACUCUCUAACUAGCCUACCCACCUACACGGGCUCGGGAUCUGGUUGUGGACCUCCAGCCGUUCUGGGGCCGCUGAGUGCUUCCACAAGCCACAUCAACAGAUUGGGCAUGGCUGGGGCGGCUGCGGGCUUGGACAAGCCUGGCUACCAAAAUGGACUUUGCGCCUCGGACAGCGGUCGAUCCUCGUCGGGAAAGAGCUCCUCCUCCUAUCAAAGGCUGAGUCACCUGAGUGAUGCACCAGGGCCGCUACGUCCCUCCCCAUCAUCCGAUGACAUCAUCCAGGAUCUGGAGGACCGCUUGUGGGAGAAAGAGCAAGAGGUGCAACACAUGCGCCGCAACCUGGACCAAAGUGAAGCCGCCAUCAUUCAGGUGUUUGAGGAAAAGCAGCGUGUGUGGGAGCGGCAGAUGGACGAGCUGAGACAGAACUAUGCUUCGCGCCUGCAGCAGGUGACACGGCGUGCUCAACGCUCGCAGACCGCCCUGCAAGCCCAGAUAACCCGUUUGUCCCAGGACAAGAGGAGGCUCCAGGAGGAAAUGGCUGCCCUGCUUGCCCAGAGAGAGGAGCUGGAGAGAAAGUGUUUGGAUUACAGGAAGGAGCAGGCUGACAUAUUGCCACGUCUGGAAGAGACCAAGUGGGAGGUGUGUCAGAAGGCCGGCGAGAUCUCCCUGCUCAAGCAGCAGCUGAGAGAAAGCCAGGCCGAAGUCACCCAGCGGGCCGGAGAGAUGGUGGCUCUGAGGGGCCAACUGAAGGAGCUCAACGCCCAGCUGAGAGAGCAGGAGGAGGCCAUGCUCGGAUUGAAGGAGUCCUAUAGCACCAAAAGUCAUGAGCUGGAGAAGUGUGAGGCAGAGCUGAGGAGGACGCUGUCAGAGGUCUCCAUCCUCCGAGAGAAGCUGGGUGUUUUUGAGGCAGAGGUGCUGAGCCUAAAACGAGCUCUAAAUGAAGUCAGCAGAGGUGCCGAGGUUGUCGUGAGCCCAAACCUAGCAGCGGCGGGCCUCUUGCCGCCCUGGGGGGUCGUCCACUGUUCACGAACCCCAACAGAUCCCUCCACCAACUCUCUCCCCCCGACGUCCGACACUCUGCUGAGUCUUCAGAGUGACGAAGCCAAAGCCCAGAGGCAGGAGGCUCAGAGGCAGCAACGUGAGGAAGCUCAAUGGCAGCAGCAACAGAUGCAGCAGGACAUGCACAUCCGUCCGGAGGCCCAGCUCCGCCAGGAGGCCCAGCUCCGCCACGAAGCCCAGCUCCGCCAAGAAGCCCAGCUCCGCCACGAGGCCCAGCUCUGUCAGGAGGCCCACCAGUCACAGCGGCUCCAGGAUGCUCACUGGGAUGAGUCGGGUGAGCUGCGCAGGCAGCUGGAGCAGUUGCAGGCCGCCCUGCGCCUCGAGAGGCAACAACGCGAGCGCCAGGCUCUCAACUUUGACCAGGAGCGACACACCUGGCAGGACGAGAAGGAGCGGGUGUUGAAAUACCAGGCGCAGCUGCAGCUGAGCUACGUAGAGACCCUGCAGAAGAAUCAGGCAUUGGAGAAACGUAUGAGCCAACUGGGAGCCAAACCCAGCACCGCCGCCACUGCCGCUACCACAACUGUCACCAACUCCUCCCCCUCCUCCUCCUCCAGUUCUCCACCACCCCCACCACCACAAGCCCUUGCGGCUCUCUCUCCACAGCCACCAUCCUCCCUCCCUGGCCCCAUCGCCCUCACCCUCUCCCCACCUUGCGAGGACCAGAAGGGCCCGCCUUCUCUCCACCAGCUUGCCCCUCCUUGGGCAGGACCUUCACGAUUAGAGAGGAUAGAAUCCACCGAAAUUUAAGCGACACACUUCACCACUCCGACAUACGAGUAAGAACAUUUCAUACAACAACAGAUAACAGAUGAAAACAGUUUUUCACAAGUUGCACACCACUUGCUUGUGAAAACGUGUGCCACACUGCAGGAAAACAAAAUGACAACGUUUAGAUGAUGGUCAUUUCAUAGCCCAUGCCAGAAAAAAGGACCAAGACAAUCAGGGAUAUUGUCAGAAAUUACAACAAGAGUAUUAUUAUUAUUAUUAUUAUUAUGCGAUAUUUAUUACUCAUUGUAAGUCUGUGUCAGUCGUAUAAUGUACAAGUAGAACUAGUGGUCAAGAGUGUGUGACGUUAACCUGCAUUUUUGGCCAGAGAGCGCCUUACUCCAUCUUUUCCAGCAUGUGUAAGAGAAUAAGUAACACUGGGGAUCACAAAAAGAGAAGAAAAUCAAGUGUGAAUAUCAUUUUUAGUGAUUUGAUUAUAAAUAUAUAUAUAUACAUAGAUAUCUAUAUAGGCCAACCACUUACACCACAUGACGAAACACCAUUGGACUUUUUCAUUAAAGUCAUAACAUUUCAUGCACAAUGUCCAAGCAUGACUCAAACAUAUCCUCCAAUCCAACAGAGCUUAUUUUUUUCUAAAAAAAAAAUAAGAAAUAAACAGAUUUAUUUGAUAAUCAACCCAAUCCAAAUAUGAGUAUAUGGACAGAAGUUUACGGUCACCUGCGGUGACUAAAAAUGAACACCAGAGGUCGUUGUUGAGCUAUUACGGUGCUCCAAGAUCACGUUCCUUUCCUCCUCCAUGAAGCUGUAAAACAGUGACAACAAAUGGAAGCACACAAUCUGAAUUUGGUUGAUGGCAGGAAAGAAAUCGAUAAUCCAAAGUAUAAAAAAAUAUAGAAUGUAUGUUGCAUAACAUAACUAUAGAUUGUACAUGUGUGCGAAUGGGGGAAAAGUGUGUGUGAAUGUGUGUGUAUGCUCCAUUUAUGGAGGAAUGAUGACAGAGGGACUAGUGGCAAUACCGAAAGUAAAUAUAUAUUAAGAUAAAAUGGCUUUUUUCAUGUUGAGCAGAGUAAAAUGAGCAAUGACGCUUGACAUAAAGGGAAGCGAGUUUUAGCUUUGGUGUAUAUCUGCAUAGUUUAUUUAGACUGAACAGUGGGAGCAUUCAGGUGAACUGCACUACAUCAUGUCCAGUUGACAUGUACAUUAGACUCCAAUGUGAAUAACAUGGCUUUUAUAUGUGUUGUUUAUGCCAGCAUACAAAGAUGUUGCUCAAGAAUAUUAACUUAUCACUGAGGUAUCUCAUAGUAUUAUCAUCUUUAUUCGUGUUACUAUAAAUAUGGUGAAACGACAUGAAAAAAUGUGCCAUUGAGCUUUCCUUUUUGUGUUUUUUAUUUCAAUUAAAAACCGUGUAGAUGGCCUAUCAUAAUGGUGUAACCAUAGCAACCAUGUACAAAAAAGAAGAGAUGCUCCUUUUUGAUGUAGAUGAUAAAUGUCGUUAUUACAGUCUUGCAUUAUUUAGAGAACAAAUUGCUAUCAAUUUUAUACAUGUUUCAGAUUUAUUGUUUACAUUUAUGUUACUAAGUAUUGUUCUGGCUUGAUUAUAAACCACAUCUUUGUUCAAAUCAGCUGACUGAAUAAAUGUGAUUAAUUCAGCA